AUGAAUCACUUAGCCAAACCACAGUCGAAAAAAAGGAAAACGAAUCAACCUCCUCCAUCAUCGUUUUUGUCUCUACCAGAUGUCAUCAUCCUAAACUGUUUAUCUCGCAUAUCAAAAUCAUACUACCCUAAACUCUCCUUAGUCUCCAAAACCUUUCGUUCUCUCCUCCUAUCCACUGAUCUUAACCUAGCUCGGUUUCAUCACAAAACACAAGAACGUAGCUUCCAUGUCUGCUUAAAGUUUCCCGACCGUCCGCAUCCCUCUUGGUACACACUAUGGAUAGACAAGGAGGAGAAGAAGAAGUCUACUUUGGUACAAGUACCCUCGUCCUAUACUUCUAGUGCAGCACUGUUCUUGGUUAAUGGUGGUUCUUAUGAUUAUGCAUUCAGACAAGCCUAUCCUCCCUCUAAGGUCAUGUUGGUUCGUAAUAAAGAUUCUUGCAUAUGGCGUUAUGCUCCUAAGAUGACUGUAGCUCGAGCUAAUCCCAUUGCGUGUGUCUUCAGGAGGAAGAUAUAUGUAAUGGGAGGUUGUGCUGAUGAUGAAUCUGUGAGUUGGGGUGAGGUUUUUGAUAUAAAUACUCAAACUUGGGAACCUUUACCAGACCCUGGCCCUGAGCUACGCUUCUCUACAAUGAUCAGAGAGAUUCAGAUCAUCCAAGGGAAGAUUCACGUUAAGAGCAAUGAGAGCAAGGACUCUAUCUAUGAUCCCAAUAAUGGUAAUUGGAACGGUGAUUGGAGACUUGUCAAGGGUUUGUCUUCACUGAAUCGAACUUGUCGUAGUGGUUUAAUUGAAACAGUUAAACUCGGUGGGAAAAUGUUACUCUUGUGGGACAAGUCUACAAAGCCUGGCCGUGGUAUUUCUGAAGAGAAGCAUAUUUGCGGUGCACUGAUCGCGUUCGAAAGGCGCAAAUAUGGUCAGGUUUGGGGAAAGGUUGAGUGGUCUAAUGCUUUGCUUACGGUUCCUAGUUCAUAUAGCUUCUUGCGUUCUACUGUAAUACGGACUUGA